AUGCAGUCUGCCCUCGACAUCUCCACUAAGAACGACGCCAAUAGCAUCAACGAACAGUGCGAGUCAUCAUCUUCGGGGUUAGUUAAGGAAUCAGGUCGUCGCCUUGAAUCUCGGUCUGGCAGUUCUCUGAUUCUCGCGAAAUCUCGCACAUGGGGCACAAUCCCUGAUCACUUCGAGAUACCAGGCUUUUCGAUUCCAGUGGACGGGAAAGGCAAGUCUCCGCUUGCAGAUGCAACUCCUCCCGAGGUUUUCACAGUUGAUAGCUGCAAACUUGGUGACGAAUUUGUCGACACCAGCAUCAUUCCUGGCUUGCGGGGCAAGGUCAUUGGUAAAGGUGUCACGGCUACUGUCAAACUGAUGCACGGGAAAGGACCCGGAAAACCGCACUAUUAUGCGGUGAAGGAAUUCCGCAGAAGUCGUAAAGAGAGCCUGCAAGCUUACGACAGAAAGAUCAAACUCGAGUUCAGCAUCGCCAAGAGCUUGCAUCAUCCUAAUAUCGUGGAGACUGUUCGACUCUGCUCCCACGCAGGCCGUUGGUCUCAUGUUAUGGAAUACUGCAGUCAAGGGGACUUGUUUACAAUCGUGCAACAACGAUAUCUUUCGUUCGAAAGUGAACUGUGUCUGUUCAAACAACUCUUCCAAGGUGUCGCAUAUUUACAUAGUAUUGGGAUUGCGCACCGCGAUAUCAAACUAGAAAAUUUGCUCUUGACAGCAGACAGUCAUCUAAAGAUCACCGACUUCGGAUGCGCCAAAGUCUUCAGUGAGGUCCACCAAGAUUUGCAGUCAUAUGACGGAGGACGUGCGGAAGUCUUUGGUAAGAUUCGCAAAUGUCGCCCAGGUGUUUGUGGCAGCCUGCCAUAUAUUGCACCAGAAGUUCUGGCGGAAGACCGAAGCUACGACCCACGCUUGCUUGACAUAUGGUCUUGUGCCAUCGUCUGCCUUGCCAUGCUCCACUGCGGUACGCCAUGGGCAGCCGCAGAAGAAAAGGACGCCGGGUAUUCUCGCUAUCUCAAAUGGUGGGAAGAGUUCUUGAGAAGCGAGCCGGAUGGAAUUAUCACAGGGGAUGUAUAUCCUAAAAUCGGGAAAUUCUUCUCGGAACUUCGCACAAUACCUCUUCGGCGUCUCAUCCUACAGAUGCUCCAUCCUAUCCCGGAGAGAAGGGCUACCAUCUGCGAUGUGAUGAACGAUCGCUGGGUCAAGAGGAUUGAAUGUUGUUGCCCCGAACCAGGCAAGCCGUCUAAUUGCUUUGAGGAAGUUGACGGCAUAGUUUAUCCAAAGGUUCACAAUCAUCUGCCCCCAGCGAAGAAAGGCUUCUUCCAGCACUAUAUCUAG